AUGGCAGAGCCUGCAGCUCCCUCGGAAGCCUCCGGUGCCGAGGCAGGUGCUGCGGCGGCAGGGGAGGGUGGCGGCGGGCCCGGCCUGCCGGUUCCGGAGGCCCGCCCGGAGCCAGUGGCGCGAAGGCCGGCCCCUACACGCGCGUCAGGCUUAAGGCCUGCCCAAGCCGCAGGGGGAGGAGGGGCCAGGCCUCUACCCUUGCAGGGCCGCAGUGGCGGCAGCUGGACAAAGCUAGUGACCUGCAGGUAUUAUGUACACGGGCUUUGCAAGGAAGGGGAGAACUGCCGCUACUCUCAUGACCUUUCAGGUCGGCAGCGGGCUAGAGAGGGCCGCGAUUUGCGGCUUCGUGCUUCUGCAGACAGCGGCUCCGCCGGGGCUCCGGAAAUCAAGGCCCCGACUCCGGAAGUGGCGGAAGUUCCUCCUGCUACUUCCGCUCGCUUCUUGCCUCUGAUUGGCUCAACUGCGGAAAGGGGUUUCUUUGAAACGGAGACAGGCAAUGCAGGCCGUGAAGCUGCCGGAGCAGGUGCAGCAUCUUGGGCGGAUGCUGUUGAGUUUGUUCCAGGGCAGCCUUACCGGGGCCGCUGGGCACUGCCUGUUGCCGAGGCUGCCCCACAGAGCUCCGUGACUGAGAAAGAGCAGAUCGCUGUCGGCGCGGGGGAACCGCUUUGCCCUUACGCCGCUGUAGGAGAAUGUCCUCAUGGGGAGAGAUGUAUGUACCUCCACGGAGAGGCUUGCGACAUGUGUGGGCUGCAGGUACUGCACCCCGUGGAUGCUGCCCAGAGAGCAGAUCACAUAAAGGCCUGCAUAGAAGCUCACGAGAGGGAUAUGGAGCUCUCUUUCGCUGUGCAGUGCAGUAUGGACAAGGUGUGUGGCAUCUGCAUGGAGGUUGUCUAUGAGAAAGCCAACCCUAGCGAUCGCCGCUUUGGCAUCCUCUCCAACUGCAGCCACACCUACUGUCUUAAGUGUAUCCGUGUGUGGAGGAGAGCCAAACAUUUUGAAAACCGGAUCGUCAAGUCGUGCCCACAGUGCAGGGUCCCCUCCGACCUUGUUAUUCCCAGUGAGUUUUGGGUGGAGGAAGAGGAAAAGAAGCAGAAACUUAUUCAGCAGUACAAGGAGGCAAUGAGCAACAAGCCCUGCAGGUAUUUUGCUGAAGGCAGGGGUCACUGCCCAUUUGGAGAGCGCUGUUUUUACAAGCAUGCUUGUCUUGAGAGUCAGGGAGAAGAGCCUCAAAGGCAGGAUGCUGGAACAUCCAGCACUUAUUGGAAUCAGCUUUUGGAGGGCAGCAUGCCCUUUAAGAGCAUUGGAAAGGAGCUUGUCAGGCUUCGUCUGGUCAAGCUGUUGUUUAAGCAUCUUCUUUCAAAGGGAGGUUAUAAACUCCCCUUCUCUGAGGACCAGUGGGAGUUGCUUCUUUUUGAGCUUGAAAAAUAUUUCAGUUUGAUUCUGUAG